CAGCGUAAUAAGCGAAAGAGAUGUUUGCACUGACAGGUAGCUGAUAAGUGUUUCCUCUAACCGAAUCAUUUGUGGAAAAAAAAAGAAAAAGAAAAAAAGAUUAAGAGGCGGGCUACUGAGCAACUCACCCCUCCGGAGCGCAAGAGCGCAGGUUUGGAGGCUCCCUGCUGGGCUUCGCUUCAUGCAUGGUGGCUGAGCAGAAUUUGGCUUGAUUUGCGGCACACGACCUGAUGAAUUAAUAAACAGGGUUCAAGCUUUUUACGGCUCUUGACUACGACAAUCCCCACUCUGUGAGUUGCUCCCCCCCCCAUCUCCCACCUCAAACUGAUUUUUUUUUUUUAUUCAUCACAUGCUACAAGUGUGAUGCACAGAUUAAAGGUCUCUGUGAAACCUCAAAAAUCUUGAGCUGUCCGCGAGGCUCCUCUGAUAUUUCACAGGUAUGUCUGUCAGCAAACUAAUAACACCUCCACUUAAGGAGGCAUGUCACGUUUUCCAGGACUUUGCAGGAGCAGAAUAAUGAAAGUCGCCCCCCCCCCCCCCCCCGCCCCACGUUUGAAAGGACUCUUUGUGAUGUUUUACUUGACAUAUUGAGAACAGUUGUCCUGGAGAGGGCCAAGUAUCUUCACUGAGUGCUCACACACACAUUUGAUGGAGAGAUAAUCUUCAUAUCACCUCCAGAGCCAGUUAUUGAUUUAAAGUAAACAACAACAACAACAACAAAAACAGUAGCUUGAGCGUUUAUAACGUGCUUAUCUUGUUCAAAUGGUCCCUUCUUUGAUAGGGGGGAGAAAGGGGAGGAAGGGGGGGGGACGUUUCACGCACCUUCCAGAAACCAAAGACCCAGAUGAUAUAGGGCCAGUGAAGCGAAUGCAGUGCUUUAUCCAUAUUUCAUGAGCAGCUUUCUUACCCGAGCUGUGCCCUCUGACGCUGCUGCUCACACUGAGAAAUGCAAGCUCAGGAUCAGAGGUGCAGUGUUUCAGCACAGCUGAGAGAAUUCAUGGAUUCAUGUGGGGAUGGAGAGGCUUCACCGAGUCCAAAUAGAUGCAAGGACAAGCUGAACUCGCUGGCCAUCUCUGUGAUGAACCAGUGGCCUGGGGUGAAGCUCCGGGUCACAGAGGGCUGGGACGAGGACGGGCACCACUUCGACGAGUCCCUGCACUACGAGGGCAGGGCCGUGGACAUCACCACCUCGGACAGAGACAAGAGCAAAUAUGGCACCUUGUCCAGGCUCGCCGUGGAAGCCGGAUUCGACUGGGUCUACUAUGAGUCAAAGGCCCACAUCCACUGCUCGGUGAAAGCAGAAAAUUCAGUGGCAGCAAAGUCAGGCGGCUGCUUCCCGGGAACCUCCACAGUCACCCUGCAGGACGGCACCAAGAAGCCGGUCAGAGACCUCCAACCCGGGGACAGAGUCCUGGCUGCGGACGGCGACGGAAACCCGAUCUUCACCGACUUCAUCAUGUUCAUAGACCGAGACUCCACCACCAGGAGGACCUUCUACGUGAUCGAGACCGAGACGGGCCAGAAGAUCACCCUCACUGCCGCGCACCUCAUCUUCGUCGCCCGCGAGAACUCCACGCGGUCGGCGACGUUCGCCAGCGACGUGCGACCCGGACAGAAGGUGUUCGUCUACGAUGGGGAGCGGAGUCGAGUUGUGGCCGUGAACGUGAACCGGAUUUACACGCAAGAGCACGAGGGCUCCUUCGCGCCCGUGACGGCACAGGGGACCGUGGUGGUGGAUCAGGUUCUGGCGUCCUGUUACGCUGUGAUCGAGGACCACGAGCUUGCGCACUGGGCCCUGGCGCCCGUUAGGAUCGCCCACUGGGUGUCCUCAUCGCUGUUCGUCUCCCGGCCUCGGGUCAGAGCGCACAACGAGGGGGUGCACUGGUACUCCAAACUCCUUUACCAGCUGGGGACGUGGCUCUUGGACGACCACUCGAUCCAUCCACUGGGGAUGUCAGCAUACCCAAGCUGAAAAUCCCCCCCCCAGGAACAAAAUCAGACUCAAGUAGGACCCUCGAACUAUCCAGUAGAAUGACAUAUUAAAUAAUAAUAAUGAUCUUAAAAUAAAAAAAAAGAAAAGAAAAACGAACAAAAAGGCCCCAGCGGAGUUGGGAUAUUUAUUUCAGUGACUUUUCCAUGAUGCGUCCCCUUUCAAUGAAUGAAUGGAGCCUUAAAAAAAAAAAUCCUCUUUGAAUAAUUUAUUCUCAUGUGAACUCUGCUGCUGCUGUCACAGAAAUGGAUUGUGAAACGAUGCGAGCAGCAAAUUGUGCAUAAUCUAUUUUUGUAUAUCUCAACUACAAAACGCAAAAAGAUUUGAAAAAGAAGAAAAACAACAAAAAAAAUAUAAAAAAUGAAUAAUAA